UUCAUGUUAAGGAAAAGCUGGCGGCGUGUUUGAGAUUUUUCGCUGAGGGAAACUACCAGCUUGGAGCGGGAAAAGAUUUCCAUAUUGCGAUGGCACAGUCCACUUUUUCUAAGGUGUUAUCUGAAAUGCUGAACAUACUGGAGCGAAGAUUAUGUUCUAAGUGGAUAUCAUUGGAAAUGUCGGAAAAUGAACAGCGACGUGCCAAGCUUUAUUUCUAUGAGAAAUCUGGAAUUCCAGGAAUAAUCAUGUGUGUUGAUGGAACACAUAUAAAAAUAAUCCCCCCUAAUCAGAAUCGAAAUUUAUUUUAUAAUCGAAAGGGGUUCUACAGUCUGAACGUUCUCAUUGUUUGUGACGAUCAGCAGAGGAUCCGUUUCGUUGAUCCUAGCUUUCACGGAUCUAAUCACGAUGCCCAUAUAUGGCGAAUAAGCCCUGUACGAACGUAUUUCGAGCAGAUGCAUCGAAACGGCGGAACACAAACUAAAAUACUGGGUGAUGCAGGCUACCCAUCGGAAUCAUGGCUGGUAACGCCAUUCAGAGCUCCGGAAGAAGGCAGUUUGGAAAGCGAUUUCAACCAGAGGCAUGCUUUAGGUCGAGGCAUAGUCGAACGAACAAUCGGUGUUCUUAAAAAUCGUUUUAGAUGUUUACUUGGAGCGCGACAACUACAUUAUACUCCUACAAAAUGUGCUCAAAUUGUGAAUGUGUGCUGUGCACUUCAUAAUAUAUGUUUGGAAUACGGAUGCUCUCAGUAGGGGGCAUAUUUUGAUGAGUCAUAUCAAUAAAUUUUUAUUCUCUCCAAUACUAGCAACUAUCAUCUAUUUUUACUUUUUGUAUGCGAUAAAUAAAAUAAUACGAUUUGGUGAUCUAAUGUCUAAAUCUUGUGUUUAUUUUUAUAAUGCAAUAUUUGAAUGUUCGGAAAAAUGUUCAAUUUG